AUGGCAAUGCUCAAAAACUUGUCUGCUCUCAUGAUCUUGUCUGUCAUCACCGUCGCAUUGCUUCCUAGGGCUACCUUCAGCAUAGUCGGAAAUGGAAAAAGCCCUGAUUGUGCAAAAGGAAUGACUACCGAUUGCGGGUUUCAGCUCUUUCAAAUCAUUGUCUUUGCCAACAUCACUGCACCUACCAAUGAGUGUUGCCAUGAGCUUGUGAAGGUGGGGAAGAACUGCAACGACCAAUUCGUGCAGUUUAUCCUCUCGACCCACAAGCCAGGAAAGGGGACGGUAUCCGAUCUCUACAAAAGGAGCAAUGAGACAUGGAACAAUUGUGUUGCGGCUACCCAUCCCAAGCCCGCUCAUUGA